GUAGCCGGGAGUGGACCCAGGUCGGCUGGCUGAAACCGCGGGGGUAGGGGCGGCGCGCCUCGUAUCUUUUGCUGCGCCUUUGUAGUACCCGCGAGCCCUGGAACUGCGGUGUCUGCAGGUGUCCAGGGGUGCACAUUUGACUGGCGCACUGAGGCCAGGAGCACGAUCCUCACUCAGCCAGGGACGCGGCAGAGAAGGUGGUGGGCUGAGCCCGCGCGGGAGCCAUCUCGGUCGCCAGCCUUUCAAGGCCCUGCUGGGUCCAUUGGCCCUGAUGGCGGCGUCAGAGCAGAGCGACCUGGUGCAGCAGGGCUGUGUGACCUUGGAGGACGUGACCAUUUACUUCUCCCAGGAGGAGUGGGGGCUGCUGAAUGAGGCACAGAGACUCCUGUACUGCAAUGUGAUGCUGGAGAACUUUGCACUCAUAGCCUCUCUCGGGCUCACGUCUUUCAAGUGCCAUAUCAGUGCCCAACUUGAGAUGAGGAGGGAACUCUGGGGGCCUGGCAGGGUGAAUAUGACUUCGGCCGUGGCAAGACGCGCUUUUGGCAAGCCUAGCUCUGAUUUUUGCUGUGGAACAGAGGGGAAGGAGCUACCUUCUGAGCAGAAUUGUUCCCUUAAAGAAAUAUCACAAGACAAGAAUCCUAAAACAGCUCUGUUUAUGCAGAAGACACUCUCCUGUGACACAUUUGGCUCAUACUGGAAUGACAUUUUGUACCUGGCUGAACACCAGGCAGCUCAUGCCAGGCAGAAACGCCAUGUGUGUGAGGCAAAUAGGACAGGAUUCAUGUUGAAUGCACACCUUUGCCAGCAGCUGGUGCAGAAAAACGAUGCCAAGUCUCCCAGAAGGGAGGAGGGCAUGGCCUCUCCUGGAAAGACUGGCACAAAUCACACAUCCCAGAAGCCUUUCAUGUAUAGGGAGGGAAGGGAGGACUUUGUGGCCACAUCGGGUUUUAUGCAGCAUCAGAUCGCUCCUGGUGUAGAGGAGGCAUGCAAGAAUUCUGACAGUACGUUAAAUUUUCCGACUGCUACAUAUGCUUUCUGUGACUCAUCCACACUUGUUCAACAGAGAGUCUACACUGGAGAGAGGCCCUAUGAGUGCAGCACGUGUGUGAGAGUCUUUAGUGAUGCUUCCAGCCUCAAGCAACACCAGAGAGUUCACAGUACAGGAAAACCAUAUGAGUGCUGGGAGUGUGGGAAAUUCUUUAGCCGGCACUUCAGUCUUGUGGAACAUCAGCGAAUUCACACUGGUGAAAAGCCAUAUGAGUGCAGUGAAUGUGGGAAAUGCUUUAGCCAACACUCCAGCCUUUUUCAGCAUAAGAGAAUUCACACUGGUAGACGUGCUUAUGAGUGCAAGGAAUGUGGGAAAUUCUUUAUCUGCAACUCCAGUUUAAUUAAGCAUGGGAGGGUUCACACGGGAGAAAGACCUUAUAAGUGCAAGGAAUGUGGAAAAUCAUUUAGGCAGAUCUCCAAUCUCACACAACACCAGAGAGUUCACACUGGAGAGCAGCCUUUUGAAUGUGCUAAAUGUGGAAAAGUCUUCAGCCGAAGCUCUAAUCUCGCAAACCAUCAGAGAGUUCACACUGGCGAAAAGCCUUACAAGUGCCCUGAAUGUGAGAAGAUGUUCAGCCAAAUCUCCCACCUCAGGAUCCAUCAGAGACUCCACACUGGUGAACGACCUUACCAGUGCAGUGAAUGUGGAAAAUACUUUAACCAGAGUUCUAGCCUUAAAGCCCAUCGGAGGUUUCACACGAAUGAACGGCCUUAUGAGUGCAGUGAAUGUGGGAAAUCCUUCAAACAAAGCUCUAAUCUGAGGCAGCACCAGAUAGUUCAUAAACCAGACAGGCCUUAUAAGUGCAGUGAGUGUGGGAAAGCCUUUACCCAAAACUCCACCCUCAGUAACCAUCGAAGGCUUCACACCGGUGAACGGCCUUAUGAGUGCAGCGAAUGUGGGAAAACCUUCAGACAAAGGUCGAAUCUGAGUGAGCAUCAGAUAGUUCACAAACCAGACAGGCCUUAUAAGUGCUGUGAAUGUGGCAAAGCCUUUAGCCAAAAGCGCACCCUCAUUCAACAUCAAAAAAUUCACACCAGAGAAAGGAAGGUAGAGAAUGUGUGUCUGACUUGUUGAGCACCACUGCACACAGCACAGUAUCAGCCGGAUUUUGAAUCCCAUUCAUCCAUGUUGUCGCACUGAGGAGACUCCCUUUA